AUGGCGGCUACUGGAAGAAGAUCAAACGGCUCAUCAUCAAUUCUCUACCCUCUCUCCUCUCCCCAUCACCAUCACCGUCAUCAAAGAUCCGCGUCUCCUUGCAACAACAUCAACCUCCGUUUAAAGACCUUCUCUCUCGGAAACAACAACCCUAACCCUAAGCGAAAGUGUUCGUGCUCUCCCACGACGCACCCUGGAUCCUUCCGCUGCGGUUUUCACCGCCGGUUAGAAAACGACAAGAUCAAAACCCUAGCGAAGCGUGGUAACACGACGAAGAGUGGUGGUGGUGGUGGUGGUGGUUUGUAUCUGAGGAAAUUGGCUUUGGCGAAUUCGCUAAAGAGGUUCGGGAGCGUGGAGGCGGAGAGGUUUAGGAGACACUUGACGGAGAGUAUUGUUAAACCGUCGCGUCUUUUUGUCCGUCGUCGUUUUGAGUGCAGGCCACGAGUUAGCCGGUUCCACGUGAUGCAUAAUAAAGAUCCGAAAGAUUAG